AUGGCGGACGAGGAACAGAAGGUCGAACACAUCAACUUGAAAGUCGCUGGUCAGGAUGGCUCUGUCGUCCAAUUCAAAAUCAAAAAGCACACUCCUCUGCGAAAAUUGAUGCAGGCAUACUGCGAUCGCCAGGGUCUCCAGCUCAACCUUGUCAGAUUCCGUUUUGACGGGAACCCGGUCAAGGAGACGGAUACGCCCGAAAACCUCGAAAUGGAAGAUGAGGACACAAUCGACGUGUUCCAAAGUCAAACUGGUGGCUUCUGA